UGCAGCUGUCCGUACGUCGAGUGCAGGUGUGUGAGAAGCUGAAUGAGUGGCUGCUGUUUAACGAGAAGAACAAGCUCCUGUGCGAGUGGCUCACACACAUGGAGAGCAAAGUCUCUCAGAACGCCGACAUCAGCAUCCAGGACAUGAUCCAGAAACUACGCAAGGACUACCAGGAGGAGAUCUCGGUGGCGGAGGAGAAUCGCCAGCAGCUGCAGCAGAUGGGCGAGAGGUUGGCGCGCGCCAGUCACGAGGGCAAGGCCGCCGACAUCGCCUACAAACUCACCAAGGUCAACGAGAGAUGGCAACACCUGCUCGACCUGAUAGGCGCCAGGUGAGACCCUCACACACACACAC